AUGGAUUCGGACGACUCUAUCUUGCACUUCACCGGCAGUAGCGACCCUAUUGGCGGCUCUGACGACUUGUCCUCACAGUUGUUCUUUCAAAGUCACACUUCAUCAACGAGAUACUCCUCGCCUUAUCACUACCGCGAAGAAGACCUUCAAGAACCGGUGUUCCGUUCAGAACAUGUGCGGUAUCAGACACCUCCCCCUCAACGCUCCGGCUACAGCCAGAUCCCUCCCCGUCCACUUGGGGCUGCGCAACAGCUCUCUCAUUUGCAACACCGCUAUCAGGUGCUGCGAAAGCAAUUCGACAUCCUUCAGGCGGAGCAUCAGCGAAUGGAAGUCGAGUUGGAUACCACCAAGACAAACUACACGGGUCUGCUAGACGCGCUUCGGGCGGGCGGCGUGGUCACGGCCGGGGGUGGCGCUGGGUCACGGCCAGUUACUCGGCCUCCACUCAAGGACAGCGACUUUCCUGAAGUCACGACAUGGUACCCCCACCAGUGGCACAAGAUCCGCAAGACUCUCUCCACCGUCACGGACCCCCUUGCCGACCUUGCUGUCGACGCCACCAGCCCGAGUCAAGGUGACUCCGUCAAGUCAAAACGAGGCGGUGCACGCGCUGCGAAGGGAAUCAACGUCACAAUGAGGUUCGUGCAAGAUAGUGACGGCGAGGUUGUCGAUGGGUAUCGGGCAAAGGCCAUGCGCAACCGCGCUCGUGCAAUCUGGUCGCGCUUUCGCGAAGGCGGUCGCACUAUGCCUGCCACAUGGGGUGGAGCCCGUGCCACUGUCAGGACCGACUACGCCAAUGAGAUGGAAGAGGCGUUCCCGGAGCUCCGAUACGGGGCUGACCAGUGGAAAGCACACGCAAUCGCGACUCUCACAUAUCCCAACUGGCACAAGCGCGGCGAUGUCGAUUCAGAUGACGAAGAUUCCGACGAUGAGCAAGAGACGACCGCCUCGCGCAAACGACGUGCCCCUCAGCCGAAGCCCGCACGUCCCUCCAAGAUUAGUCGCAAGAAGCCGUCGACUCCCCCAUCCGGAACAGAUGCGCAGACCAUAGAUCUUACUCGGACGCCUGCCCCGGCUCCCAGAUCUCCCCUCAUCAUUGAGAGUGCACUUGGAGCCAAUCUAUUUGAACGCUGUAUACGUAUGAGCACACCACCGUCGCCUAAUGUACCAGCCUCCACGUCCAUCCCUGAUGCCCUCUUCGGUGGCUCGUCCAGCAUGCCAGGCGUCGCGGGGGCUGCUUCUGGACUGCACGGAUCGUCUUCAUAUACGCCACCUACUGACCCAUCAGCCAUGCAAGCACCUUCCACGGCCGAGCCUGACACGUCCGAACCGGCAUCCGUGCGCAGGCAACACCCCCACCAACCUCGGUGCCCAGCGUUGGCACCGCGCUCCCAGUUGGCGCACCCGAAAUGGAUCGAGUCUCCCCGCUUCCAUGUCAUCGGUCUCACGGCCCGCCGCACCCUCAGAUUCGUCCCCGAGCUCCCUCUCCGCCUUGCGUUCUGUGAACUGCGCAACCCCGAGUGGGGCUGUUCCAGUAUCCGACUCACUAGUAUCACCCCGUCGAUGUCUGUGCUCUCAGCUGAAGGACACCAGUCCAUCACAGAGUCGGCUAGCAACGAGCCCCCUACGUCGCCGCCAUCGCUCUUGGGUUCCAUGCCUCCGCUUUUCAACUUUGCGGCGUCCGCACCCAUCGCUCCACAGGGUGGCGCAUCGGGGCACCUCCCUCCUACGUUUGGCACGUUGCACCCCUCACUACAGUCCCUUUCCACGGCGGCGCAAAUCGCAAUUCUACUCACGCUUUCAUGGCAAUGCCAAAACUGUCACUCGAAGGAUGGUUCUCAGCCACUUGACAGCUCGGUGACGACUUCGAAGGCUAUAACCUCACCGGCCUCUGGGGCCGUCAUUUCGAAGAAGAAAGUGAAGAUGUCCGCCCCUCUCGUCAUUGAUGACCAUCUCGUCACUGCCCGGUGUAACACCAAAGUUGACAUCCUCUUGCACAGCGCCCUUUGCGCGAGGGAGUGGUUGUCGAAGAAUCCUGGCGGGUCGAAGGAGGCUUUUGAUAGCCAUUGGAAGUCUGUGAAGGCGUCCAACGAAAUCAAGAGAUACAAUGCCGACGUCAAGGAGUUGAAGAAGAAACAGGCGUCAAAGUAG